UUGAGAGAUGGAAAUGGUGAAGUUGUUGGUGUUUGUGUUGUUGCUCUUCUCUCUCAACUGUCAACUAACCAUGGGAGAAGAAGUAACUGAAAGUACAACAUUCUGCACUACUAUAUCCGGCGACCGACAUAAACCUCUUGGCACCGAAGAUAAUGCUGCCAUCAAUGAAUUGCUUGGAUGUUCAAAAAUGAUUUCUAGCGAGAAGUGUGCCCCUAAUCCAACAAAUUCUAUUACUUGCGACUGCAAUCUCGAGAAAGUUUGCCGGGUGACAGAAAUUCGUUUCUCAUACCGGAGUUUUGAAGGUGAAUUGCCAAAAGCGAUCGGAAAACUUAAAAACCUAACUAAACUUGUGUUGUAUGGAAACAAGUUUCUUGGCAAGAUUUCUGGCUCAUAUGCAAAUCUAACGAAUCUAAAACAUUUGGAUCUUAAAGACAACUCAUUGGAAGGACCAAUACCCCACUUUCUUGGUGAUAUGAAGUUGGAAUUCUUGGAUCUAUCUGAUAAUUUAUUUAGCGGUUCAAUUCCACUUCACCUGGGUUCCCUCGUAAACCUAACGUCACUAGAUUUGAGCAAUAAUUUAUUGUCAGCAAAAAUUCCAAGUGUAGUGGAGAACUUUAAGAGCCUGGUGACUUUGUAA